AUGUCGACUCUGAACAACCGGUCGAAUAGAAAGAAAGGGAAAGUGCGACGCUGGCUGGAUAGUCUACUUUGCGUCUCAUCGCCCGAGGAUCCAGUCGGGUCGUCCACCCAGCAGCACCCGUCUUCACAUGCCUCGUUCCCUCUAGAACCAAUCCAAGACGCCCACACAGAUAUCCCCAAUUAUGACAACACCGAACAGCAAGCGCCUUCGCAUGCAUCACCCCCUGCAAAGCCGACCCAAAAUGGCCAUGUAGAUUCGGCUAAUGACGAGAACGCACCCCUUCCGACAAGCCAAUCGCCAUCUCGAACCGCCACCCCUGUUGAUACAUCAGGUGUCAAGAGCGGAGCAUGGGCUGGGCUGCGGGUGUCGCUCAAGACGCUGAGGGACACUCCUGCGAUGUUUGGUCCGCUGGUCUCUGCCGCCAGCGUACUUCUCGACUGCUUCGAUGUCAUCGAGACGGUCUCAAGCAACCAGCAAGACUACGACGAUUUGGCUGCCGACAUUGAUGCGCUCAGCAAUGCACUAAUGGAAGCCUACACCACCGAGACAGCCACGGGGUGUAUGAACGGGAUCAUGAAGUCUAUCGAACGAGAGUCAAAUGAGAUCAAGAACAAAACCCAGCGCGGGACUGGUAGGCGGGUGCUGAUGGCAAAUGCGGAUGAGCAAGACUUAGUGAGGCGAUAUCGGCGGAUAGAGUCGCUUUUUCGACAGCUGCAAGCGAACAUCGGGAUGAGUACAUGGGCAAACACAAAGGAACUGGUGGUGAACUCGAGACUCGCGGCACUGAACACAGAAAAGAAGGCCACCUAUGACUCUCUCUUGUCUCGCUCGACCAGCAGGCGGACAUGCACCGAAGGCACACGAGUGAAGGUCCUAUCCGAGCUCAAGGACUGGGUGUUUGCGCCGGACCGGCAGUCGGUGUACUGGAUGAGCGGGAUGGCCGGCACCGGCAAGACCACGAUCGCAUACACGUUUGCCGAAUGGCUCGAGACCGAGAAACUGCUGGCAGCGAGCUUCUUUUGCACGCGGACGGAUGUGGACUGCCAGGACGUGGCUCGAAUCGUACCGACGGUGGCAUACCAGCUCGCGCGGUACUGCAUCCCAUUCCAGUCAGCGCUAUGCGACGUUCUCGGAAACGACCCGGACAUCGGAUCGAAGGACAUAACAAGACAGUUUGAACGGUUGAUAGUAGACCCGCUGAACAAAAUGAAGAAUGCCAUACCGAGCAACCUGGUGGUGGUGAUCGAUGCGCUGGACGAGUGCAACGACCAACGAGGAGUGGAGCAAGUGCUGGAUAUGCUGUUCAAGCACGCCAGUCAGCUGCCGAUCAAGUUCUUCGUAACCAGUCGACCCGAGGCGGAGAUCUACACGACAAUGACGACCCAUGCACCGUUGCGGGCGGCGAUAUACCUACACGACAUCGAAAAGUCGCUGGUCAGCGCGGACAUCGAGCUAUACCUAAAGCAGGAGCUUUCAUCUACGAUCCCCGGGCUACCAGAUGAAGUGCUCAAGCAGCUCGUGGACCGAUCCGGGGUGCUGUUCAUCUAUGCGGCUACGCUUGUUCGCUACAUUCGACCCGGGACCGGCAGGGCCGAUCCUCGUGAACGGCUGAACACGGUACUGGGCAUGACCGCCGAGGCGGGGGAAGAAAAAUCACAGAUCGACAUUCUAUACGCGGCGGUACUCAAGUCGGCGCUGGAUGAUGGAGAGCUGCGAGGGCCGGAGAAAGAGGCGGUGCAGGCGGUGCUACGUACGGUGCUGUUUGCUCAAGAACCAAUAUCGCUGGAGACCAUCGGGGCGCUAUCUGGGAUCGACAAUACGCACCGAGUGGAGUACGCGCUGAAUGGGCUUCGAUCGGUGCUGCACCACUCGGAGGCUACAAACCUAGUGACCACGCUGCAUGCAUCUUUUCCAGACUUUAUGUUCAGCAAGGCCCGAUCAGGGCAAUACUACUGCGACGUCAAGGAACAUGCUCGAGGGCUGGCGAGUCGAUGCUUUGGGGUGAUGAAGGACCAGCUGCGGUUCAACAUAUGCGACUUGCCGUCUUCGUUCAUACGCGACAGCCAGGUCGACAACAUACAACACCGAAUCAAGACCAACAUCUCGUCACCACUGGCGUAUGCGUGCCGCUACUGGCCGAGUCAUCUUGCUCAGACGACGGUGUCGGAAGACAUGGUGGCGGCGCUGAAGGAGUUCCUAUCGGAUCGACUGCUGUUCUGGAUGGAGGUGAUGUGCCUGCGGCGAGAGCUGCUGUUUGGGAUCCACGGGUGGUUGGCCAUCAAGCAAUGGAUAACGGCAAGUAGGAUGAUGAUAGAAUCGACGUCUGAAUCGCCCGAGGUGCGGCAAUGGGUCGAAGAUGCCAGCAACUUCUGCACCAGCUAUGCCGCCAGCCCAGCGUCACAGUCCACUCCACAUAUCUACAUCUCAUGCCUGCCUUUCUGUCCUCGGUCGAGCUCGGUGUAUACCCACUACCGGCAUCGGAUGCAAGGACUGCUGGAGCUGAAGGGAAGCCUGAUGGACCGCAGAGAGACAGCCGCAGUGGCAACCUGGAACAUGGGCUCGCCAGUAUACUCGGUGGCGUACUCGGUGGAUGGGAGUCGAGUGGCAGUGGGAUGCGCUGACGGAACAGUGAGCAUACGGAACGCAUACGAUGGCACGGUGGUUGUUGGUCCACUCCAGGCUCACACCGACUGUGUUAGUUUGGUGGUGUUCUCGCGUGAUGGCAGGCUUGUUGCGUCUGGGGCAGAUGAUCGCACUAUCCGGGUGUGGGACGUGCGCACCGGCAGUCCUGUUGCCGGCCCAUUUCAAGGUCACACCGGCUCUGUCCUCUCGGCCUCGUUCUCACCGGACAGCAAGCGCAUAGUCUCUGGCUCCCAGGACAAGACCGUUUGUAUAUGGAGCGCAGUCGAUGGCACCUUGCUUUGCGGUCCAUUGCAGGGUCAUACCGGAUCAGUCCGCUCCGUGACGUACUCGCCCGACGGCACUCUCAUUGCCUCUGCCUCCUCCGACAACACGAUCCGACUGUGGUGCUCGGACGACGGCACUCCUGCUGCUUCACCGCUUCAAGGCCAUACCGACGCUGUCUACUCCGUUGUGUUCAGUCCUGAUGGCACUCUGCUUGUCAGCGGGUCAAGGGACAGGACCGUUCGUGUGUGGAGGGUGUCUGAUGGGUCGGCUGUCACCACUCCGUUUCAGGGCCAUACAAGUGGCGUCACCUCGGUGGCAGUGUCGGCUGAUGGAACACUUGUUGCAUCUGGCUCUUAUGAUAAGACUGUGCGAGUGUGGAGGAUCGCCGAUGGGUCGCUUGCUGCCGGUCCAUUACUUGGCCAUACUGAUUUGAUUGUGUCAGUUGGAUACUCACCGGAUGGGACACGAGUCAUCUCUGGCUCUUAUGAUUGGACGGUGCGAGUGUGGAAUGUGCGCGAGGGCAUAGUGGCUCCUGCCUCCUCAGACCAUGCUCUACCCAAGAUAAAAUCACUCUGGUUCUCGCCCAACAAUGGCCACGUAUUGACCGAAUCGGACGAGGGUGAAGUGCGGAUGUGGAAUGUGUCGAAUGGCACCUCCCAGUUAGCCCCACCCGACAUACACCUUCCCCGCCCGCCAUCUAUCACAACAUCUCCCGACAGUUCGCACACUGCCCAAACCGAUUCAGAUGGAGAGCUAGUACAGGUUGUGCGGAUGGACGACAAGACCGUGGUUGUUGGACCGUUUGAGCCCACCCCUCGAGUAUGGCAGUUUACGGACGACAGCAGCUGUGUCAUUGUAGGCUUCGAGGACGGCACGAUCCGAGGCAUAUCACUGCGGACUGGAGAGACCGUAUUCGUAUUACGCUCUGCUGGGGACGACUGGGUUGACCUGAUUGGACAGUGCUCGGAUGGCUCAUUUCUUGCGUCCGCUGACGACAGUAAGUACCCUAGUAGUAGCCUACGAGUCUGGAGUACGACCUCGCCUAUCAUAGGGUUUCACACCCUCACCAAUGCCCCUUCCGCUUCAGGACCAAGUCAGACUCUUUCCGAAUUUUAUGAUGGAUGUCAUGUCGAUGGGGAUGGCUGGCUAGUCAACAGCCGUAACGACCUGUUGCUGUGGCUUCCGGUGGAGAUUGCUGAUGCAGGACUGUCUCCGUUUGUGUCGGUGAUUGUUACAACGUCUGGAAUAUUGGAGGUUCCGAAGCAGUGGCUGGUUGCUGGACAAGAGUGGGACAAAUGCUACAUACAGAAGUAA